CUACACUUUUAUUUUGAUACUCAAGAAUGACUCAGAAUACCCGGAAGUAAAGAUUUGACAUCAAGCAGCAUGUAUCCUCAUCUUACGAAUGCUUGCUAACUAUCGUUGUCCUAAAAUUACAUCGUUAUCAUACAUGCUUCGCCAUAAAAACGUAUUGCACCAUUUCACGGGUACGUUGCUAAGGGGUUUCUUCUUUCUGUCGUAAUAACUCAGCUAGUUAGGUAGCAAGUUUGUUUUGGGUAAGGAUAGGAUUCACAUCUUAUUGCCAAAGUCGGCUAACCAUUAAAGCUGACAAACAUUUGUAAGAGCUGCUGAAAUGUCCGCGGCGGCUCUAACGAAGGAGGAGAGACGAGUAUGUUGGGCGGCACGAGAUGAUCUCUGGAAGUGUCUGGACAUCACUAAGGACAACGCAGAGACGUGCAAAAAGUACCAGGAAGAGUUUGAGAAACAGUGUCCAAUGGCAUGGGUGAAAUACUUCACUAAAAGGCGGGACUUCCUGAAGUACAAGGAUAAGCUUGAGAAAGGAGGGUUUGAUAAGCCUGCAGAUGGAGCACCCAAUCCAUAGCUUUUGAAUUUUGAACCGCUUUGACACAAAAUGGAGGACUGCAUUGGGACCACAGCUUCAUGGACUGCACUCCCAAUGCCAGUAGGGUAUGAUCAACUGCUGACCUCAGUCCCAAUGGUACCUCACUGAUUGUGACUUAAGACUACAGAGUGAAUCAUUUCAACUGUGUGCUUGAAAAUUAGUUAAUAUAUUCGCUUUGAUGUCAGCUACUGUUCUCUCAAUUUUAAUGAAGAGACCUGCACAUUGAAUCAAUAUGCGUGUCUGAACAUGGUGUGCUUCUUAUUUAUCAAGGAUAAAAACACAGUCCACACCAGACAAAUGGUGUGUGGUGGUGGGAAGGAUAAGUCGUUUUGAAUUAAAAACAGGGAAAACCA